UCCCCUAAUCAUCAGCCUCCUAUCCACUCCACACUCCUAGCUCAGCUCCGGCCAUGCCCAUUGCCGCCGCCAUCGCCGGCGGAGGACGGCGCCCUCCCUGCCCCCGCGCGCCCCCGCGCGCCGCGGCGAGAUUCUCCUGCCGCUGUGCCAGCCGCCCCGUUCCCAGGAGGAAUGUGCUAUCCACUUCAGCAGUCUUCCUCUUCGGAUCAAAACAGAUCGCACUGGCUGAGACAACCGGUGGCACAUUCAGGGAGUACAUCGACACAUUUGACGGCUACACCUUCCUCUACCCCAGAAGCUGGAUCCAGGUCCGUGGAGCUGGCGCCGACAUAUUCUUCAGAGACCCAUUCGUCCUCGACGAGAACAUGUCGGUCGAGAUAUCGUCUCCGUCGUCGUCGAAGUACAUGACGGUCGAAGAUCUUGGCCCUCCGGAGAAGGCUGCGGAGAGAGUGCUGCAGCAGUACCUGACAGAGUUCAUGUCAACCAGGUUAGGCGUUCGACGGACCUCAGACAUCCUGUCGGCGUCAUCGAAGGUCGCCGAUGAUGGCAAGCUCUACUAUGAGGUUGAGGUGAACAUAAAGUCUUAUGCCAGCAACAACGAGCUGGCGGUGAUGCCGCAGGACAGGGUGCAGCGGCUGGAAUGGGACCGGCGCUACCUGUCGGUGCUCGGCGUCGAGAACAAGCGGCUGUAUGAGCUCCGGCUGCAGUCGCCGGAGCAGGUGUUCAAGGAGGAAGAAGGUGACCUGAGGAGAGUCAUGGACUCCUUCAGGGUCAUCAAGACGGCCUAGCAGGCAGCAAGAUGCAGACAGAGAACAUCAGCAGGCAGUGUGCUUUGUCCAGUGGAAAGCAGGAAGUUUUGUAUAGCAGAUUCUUUGUUCCUUCCUUCUAUUAUUGUUCUU